AUGUCGGAGCCCGGCGCCCCCGCGGCCGGUGAUAAAGCGCCCCGGCUCCAGGACCGUGUCCUUCGUGGGCUGCGCUGGGGACGCCUCCAAGAGCCCCUGGGCUUCAUCAAGGUGCUGGAAUGGCUCUUUGCCAUCUUCGCCUUCGGCUCCUGCGGCUCCUUCAGCGGUGAGACCGGAGCCACAGUGAAAUGUGACGGCAAAGGAUUGACAGCCAUCAACAUCCAGUUCGGGUACCCCUUCAGGUUAUACCAGAUUUCCUUCUCGAUGCCGAAUUGUAAUGGUGAAGAACUCCACACCCUGUACCUCGUUGGUGAUUUCUCCGCUCCUGCCGAGUUUUUCGUGACCCUGGGGGUCUUCUCCUUCCUCUACUCCAUGGCGGCUCUGGUGCUCUACCUCCGCUUCCAUUCCCUGUACACCGAAAACACAAAACUCCCCUUCACAGAUUUCUGCGUCACCGUCUGCUUUGCCUUCUUCUGGCUGGUGGCAGCGGCAGCAUGGGGCAAGGGGCUGAGCGAUGUGAAGGCAGCCACACGCCCCUCCACCCUCAUCGCUGCCAUGGGGGCCUGCCAGGGCGAAGGCGUGACCUGCGACGCCGGCACCACGCCGGCCAUGGGGCUGGCCAACAUCUCAGUGCUCUUCGGGUUUCUCAACUUCCUGCUGUGGGCCGGGAACUGCUGGUUCGUGCUGCGGGAGACGCCGUUGCUGCGGCCGCCCGAGCCCCGCGACAGCGCGGCCGAGCAAGGCGCCAUCGACAAGCAGUAA